GAAGUCUGGGACCGAUAGAAGAGUGUUGUUUGCUUGAGUUUGAAGUGUUGCAGAAAGAACAGAAACAAAGUGAAAUUUGUACCAAAAUAAUACGCUUUCUUUCGUGUUGCUGUGACAUCUAAAUUAGUAACCCUUGCUUACCAUAAUUUUGAGUAAAUAUAAGAAUAGUAGCUCACAAACCGUAAAUCCUACACCUUCAAGGACAACAUAAAGAUUAAUCACAAACAUUUUGGUCGUAAUAAAAGGCGUUUAUUUUGGAUAUUGCUGCUUUAUAGAAGAGUUGUUAUCUUUACAUGGUUUAAUUGGUAUUUACGAGUAAAUGUUGAAAUUUUAAAGGGAAUGUAGAUUAUUUUAUUGGUAAUAUUUUUUUAAAAUUACAAGGCAGAAAUGUCUUCAGGAAGACAGCCAGUCUCGGUCGAUGCUUCUGAUGGAUCAAGGCAUUCGCAUCAUGGUCAUAGAUCUGGUACAAAAAAGAUGGAAGAUUCUCAUUCAAGUUCAAAAUCGCGACAACGAACAGGAACGGCUGGGGAUGAUGUAUAUGUUGGCAAAUAUAAACUAAUUAAAACCAUUGGUAAAGGAAAUUUUGCGAAAGUUAAACUGGCAAAACAUUUACCUACUGGUAGAGAGGUUGCCAUCAAAAUUAUUGAUAAAACACAGUUGAAUCAAACCAGUCUACAAAAGCUUUUUCGGGAAGUUCGUAUAAUGAAGUUCUUGGAUCAUCCUAAUAUAGUAAAAUUAUAUGAAGUUAUUGAGACUGACAAGACAUUGUAUUUGGUUAUGGAAUAUGCUAGUGGUGGAGAAGUAUUUGACUAUCUUGUUGCUCAUGGAAGAAUGAAAGAAAAAGAAGCAAGAGCCAAGUUUCGACAGAUUGUUUCAUCUGUGCAAUAUUGCCAUCAAAAGCAUGUGAUUCACAGAGAUCUCAAGGCUGAAAAUCUUCUUCUGGAUUGCGAUAUGAAUAUAAAAAUAGCUGAUUUUGGAUUUAGUAAUGAAUUCUCUCCAGGUAGUAAAUUAGACACGUUUUGUGGCAGUCCACCAUAUGCAGCCCCUGAGCUUUUUCAAGGCAAGAAAUAUGAUGGGCCCGAAGUCGAUGUUUGGAGUCUUGGUGUUAUUUUGUAUACCUUAGUUAGUGGAUCUUUACCAUUUGAUGGACAAAAUUUAAAAGAAUUAAGGGAAAGGGUUUUACGUGGAAAGUACAGGAUACCAUUUUACAUGUCUACAGACUGUGAAGCUUUGUUGAAGAAGUUCUUGGUAUUAAAUCCUGAAAAACGAGCAUCUUUAGAAGUUAUUAUGGCUGACAAAUGGAUGAAUAUAGGUUAUGAAUCUGACGAAUUACAACCACAUGUAGAACCGAAACCAGAUCUGAACGAUGUAAAAAGAUUAGAUUUAAUGGUUGACAUGGGCUUCACAGUAGACGAAAUAAAAGAAUCGUUGAAAAUGAAUAAAUACGAUGAUGUCAUGGCAACGUAUUUGUUACUCGAUGAAAAUAGACUUACUAGUACUGAUACAAUUACAAUAGAUUCCACAUUUAUUAGAAACGCUGUGAGCGAUAAUUCGGUAAAUAAAAGUAGACCAAGUUAUAAAUCUGGAAAAGAGAACAAACGCUACGGAGAUUCGAGAAGUUCAGAAAGGACUGCAUCUGUUCCAAGUGAAAAAGUACUGUCUACAAAUGGAGAGAGGUCGAACCGUCCGUCAAGUGGAAGAGCGUCCGACAUACCAACGUCAGCUCGAAAUCCAAACCAAGCCGACAUUCCAGAUUUAGAAAGCUCAGAAGGGAAGAGAAAUGCUGGAAGAGCAAUACAAAGGCAAAAAAGUGCACCCAGCAACGCUACUAACAGACGGCAUACAUUUGGACAGGAACGAGCUUCUGCAAGAAACACUGGUCACACAUCCCAAGGAAGUUCUCAAACUAAUGGAGAAAGUGGUUCACCGCAAAGUUCAAAAUCCAGAAAUGUGAAUGACAGGUUAUCUCCAACAAGGAUCUCGCUACCACCUCUGAAACACGAGAGGAGGAUAGAUGACGCAAAUAGACCUACGACUGCACCAGGUGGACCGUUAGAUUUAGGUGGCAGAAACAAUAAACUACGGAGCACCUAUCAUGCGUCUUCAGGACAAAAGAAAAUUCGCGUGCCAGAAGAACGUAGCAUCGACACAAACAGUGCGAGUGCAAGUAACAGAACACCUUGGUUGUCUAAACUUAAAAACAGAUUCAGCACAAGAAUGUCGCGAGAAAAUUUAUUCAGCAAAUUCAGGCGGCGCCGACGGCAGGGAGACGUCUCCAACUUAUCUUCACCUCCGUCACCGCCAUCACCCGUCAAUAUGUCGCUGAGUUCGUCGGAAAAGAUAAAGCCUCGUUCUUUGCGCUUCACAUGGAGCAUGAAGACGACGAGUAACAUGAACGCGGCGGAUGUCGUGAACGAGAUAAAACGAGUACUCGAUUUGAACAUGUGUGACUAUGAGUCGAGAGAUAAGUAUUUGCUCUAUUGCGGGCACCGCAGUCCGCAGAACAACCACGUGUUGGUGCAGUGGGAAAUGGAAGUCUGUAAAUUACCGCGAUUGCAUUUAAACGGCGUGCGCAUGAAGCGCGUGCACGGUUCCGCUAUAGAUUUUCGUAAUAUCGCUUCGAAGAUAACUCACGAUUUAAAUUUGUGACAACCUCGCAGACGGGGGUAAACUAUUUAAAGGACUGACUGACUGUCAUUUGACAAAACAAGUUACACGUGAGUUUAGGGAUGAAAUAUAUUGUAUCAGACUUAAACAAAUCGCUGAAUAGUUUUUAUACCAAUGAGAAAAACAUUUUUUGGCCUGUUGUUAUUGCCUUUGUAUAUAUACACGAAAUAUAAUCAACAUGAAUGGAAAAGUUGGUUGGAUAAGUUCUGCUAGGAAAGGUCGUUGUGUGGUAUUUAUUACUUUGUGCAUAUGAGUAUAAAAUAACUAGAUUGGCAACGUUGUUCUCCGUGAAGACAGCGGGCUGUCUCGUCUUGCUUUGUACUUUUUUUGUUGAUGCUGUACCUAAUAACAGGGUUGACUGCAGGGAAGUAUUAGGAUUGGCUAGUGUUUUUAAACUAUCAUGGAAAACUUAAACUUCUGAUACAAUUUUGGUUUUACUUUACUGACAUAAACUUCUACGGGAAGAAAAUGUUUUCAUUGAGAAAGCAAAAAUUAAUUUUCGUUUCUAAUGUUCCUCACUUGCUUGACUGCAUUUAUUUAAGAAUGUAAUAGCACACUUAAUUUUGUCCUCUGCUUUUUAUUUCUUCUAAUUCGUCGUAUACGAUGUCCUGAAAAUUGCUGGCUUACAAUUUUCCUGUGGCAACCCUGAAGAAGCAGUUUUAUGAAUGAAUCUAUUAGAUUUUUUCAUUUCGACAUUUGACUAGGAUAUUUAUAUUUAUUUUGUCACUCUUUGUUGCUAUUUCCAAGUUCCCCCUCUUUCGUCCUUUCUCGCGAUCUACUGUUUUUACUACUAAUCAAGAAAAAAAAAACUUUGUUCAAUUUUUUGACUCCUUUCAGGGGAAUGGUUUCUUUUGCGUUGUACAGCGUAGAGUAAUUUGAUUUGAUGUAAAUACUUUCAUAUAUAACCUUCAAGAAUUUGUGACAUCAAUUGUAAAACUCCGCUGCAUGCUGGUAGUUGCAUGUGACGGCGACGAAAAAAAAAAUCUUAAACGUAAA